AUGGAGGAAUACCGGCACGAUGAAUACCCCCAGGGCCCGUGGGACCCAGAUUCGGAAGAUUCUCUUUUGGGCACUGGCUUGACGACGCGCCACCUUGAAGCAUUCGGCCGCAAAGUCACGUCUACAGCCAACCAUUUCAUGGGCCCCGCCUCCGAUCCUCACUAUCAACAUGCCUUGACCGAUAUUCAUCGUGAACUACGCCGGCCUGCUGUGCAGCGGCGGAUGUUCUCCCUGACGCGGACAACCCCCACGGAUCUGGUACGCUCGAAGUUGUCGACGGCAGAGAUCCAGUCGAGAGCGCUCUCCUCGCUUCCGGAAGAGCUCCUUUUCAACAUCCCCGAAGAUAACAGCAGCUACUCUCUUUUCCAGGGCUUUCAAGCCUCUCUCCCCGAACCAGAACAUGAUCCCCACCACAAAUCGCACCGCAGACGCGGCUCAAAGCACCAGAAACAGCUUGCCGACGCGGGUUCCGGCAAAACGCUGCCCUCUUCGAAAAGUGGGUUGAAGACGGAGCGAGAGCGAUUGAACCAUCGUCUGGAGAUGAUGGGUGUGCGGAAGAAUAUGUGCAGCGCAGAGAUUCACGAGAUAGACAACAAGAUCGCCAAUCUGAAUAAUAUGCGGAAAAUAGUUUUGGAUCGUCUGGCGGGCUUGGAGGUGGACGAGGGCGAGCUGGAAACUCAAAUCGUCGAGUUGGAUAAUAAAAUAGAGGAUAUGGAAGAAGACGAGGAAGAAGAGAAAGAAGAAAAUAUAGCUGCUGCCAAAGCCACGCCAGCAUCCGAUGCGAAGGAAGCUUCGGAAGACGCGGCUCUUGAUGCGUCGUUCAUGUCAGAAUCCAUCUAUCAGAAGUUACCGACACCUUCACCGCGAAGUCGCAAAGUACGAUCAAUAAGGAAGAAAUCUAUGCCAAUUCUACAUGAACACUUUGCGCCUGGCACUGCAAUAAAGGAAAUACCUGCGCACAACGAUAUAAUCACAGCCCUCGACUUUGACUAUCCCUUUGGCACACUGGUUAGUGCGGCAUUGGACGAUACGGUUCGCGUGUGGGACCUCAAUGCUGGAAGGUGUACUGGAUUUCUGGAAGGCCACCAUGCCUCUGUUCGAUGCUUGCAGGUAGAGGACAACCUUGUCGCGACAGGUUCCAUGGACGCAUCCAUUCGCAUAUGGGAUCUCAGUCGAGCGCAGCCUGUCCCGCAAACCGAUCGCAUCAACAAAGCCGUGAGGGAAGAUGCUGAAGAUGGGGACAACGCCGAAGACGUAGCCACAGCACUGUCGCCAUCGCACUUUGCAUCGAACAUGGUUGACUGCGAAGUAUUUUCCUUAGAAGCCCACGUUGACGAGGUCACAGCCCUCCAUUUCCGUGGAGACACUCUGAUUUCCGGCUCAGCGGACAAGACUUUGCGACAGUGGGAUCUUGUCAAGGGGCGGUGCGUGCAGACAUUAGAUGUCCUCUGGGCAGCAGCACAGGCAUCGACGUCCGGAUCAGCCAACUUGAGCAGCUCUCAAUGGCGUCCGACGGGACGCUUACCGGACGCAUCGGCGGAUUUUGUCGGCGCUGUCCAAUUCUUCGACGCUGCCUUGGCCUGUGGUACGGCUGAUGGAAUCAUUCGAUUAUGGGACCUCCGUAGUGGCCAGGUGCAUCGCAGUCUAGUCGGGCAUACCGGGCCUAUUACGUGCUUACAAUUCGAUGACGUGCAUUUGGUUACUGGCAGUCUAGAUCGAAGUAUUCGGAUAUGGGAUUUACGCACGGGGUCAAUUCAUGACGCCUUUGCGUACGACAACCCAAUCACAAGCAUGAUGUUUGACACUCGCCGCAUAGCGAGUGCAGCCGGCGAGAGCGUCGUCAAGGUCUACGACAAGACCGACGGCCACCACUGGGACUGCGGUGCAGGGGCAGCUGAGGACAGCGAGAGCGCAGCGACUGUCGAACGAGUGCGAGUGAAGGACGGCUAUCUCGUUGAAGGCCGCAAGGAUGGCACGGUUGGAGUCUGGACUUGCUAA